CGGGGCCGGCCGGAGGCGGGGCCGGCCGGAGGCUGAGGCGGCUCCGCGCCAACCCAAACACCGCCACGCCCCGGCAGCCCUUGCGCCCGCCGCCCGCCACCAUCGUUAGCCGGCGGGGGCCCGCACGGAGCGUCAAGCGGGCGGGUGCUCGGCCCCGUCGGCCCCGCCAGCCAUGAAGCUUCGUGUGCGGCUGCAGAAGCGAACGGCGCCGCUGGAGCUGGAGGGGGCGGAGCCAACGCUGGGGGAGCUGCGCGCGCAGCUCCGCCGGGCCCUGCUACCCGCCUGGGGCUACAGUUGUGAUACAGAGUUUUCAAUAACAUUGAAUGGCAAAGAUGCUCUUACAGAAGAUGAGAAGACUUUAGCUUCAUAUGGGAUUGUUCCUGGUGAUUUGAUAUGUUUAUUACUAGAAGAAACAGACGCCAAAUCCAGCCUACCUCCUGCCUCAUCUUCAAGUCCUCCCUCACUUCAGAAUGGUCGUGAGACAUCCACCUUGACUCCCAAAAGUCAAGCUGACAGUCCAAAAGAAGAAAGGCUGAAUGAACAGUCUGACGACCAGAAAUCUCAAGUGGAAGCUCAGAAGAGUGACAGUAGGGCAGGAUCCAGCCUAGAAUUUCCUUCUGGAUUAGUCCCAGAAGAUGCUGAUCUGGAUGAAGGUGCCGGUUCCUAUCCUUCCGAACCUAUGCUGUGCAGUGAGGCUGCUGAUGGAGAGAUUCCGCAUUCCUUAGAGGUGCUCUACCUUUCUGCUGAGUGUACCAGUGCCACUGAUGCCUUGAUUGUCCUAGUACAUCUUCUCAUGAUGGAGACAGGCUAUGUACCUCAGGGGACAGAAGCCAAGGCAGUGUCUAUGCCAGAGAAGUGGAGAGGGAAUGGUGUUUACAAGCUACAGUACACGCAUCCCCUUUGCGAAGAGGGUUCUGCUGGUUUGACUUGUGUGCCUUUGGGAGAUCUUGUUGUUAUUAAUGCAACAUUAAAAAUCAACAGAGAGAUUAAAGGUGUGAAGAGAAUACAGCUGCUGCCAGCAUCCUUUGUUUGCUUUCAGGAACCAGAAAAGGUUGCGGGUGUUUACAAAGACCUUCAGAAAUUAUCUCGUCUCUUUAAAGACCAGCUGGUUUACUCUCUUCUGGCUGCUGCCCGACAAGCUCUGAAUUUGCCAGAUGUUUUUGGGUUAGUGGUCCUCCCUCUUGAGCUGAAGCUUCGGAUUUUUAGACUUCUGGAUGUCCGUUCACUCAUCUCUCUGUCUGCUGUUUGCCGUGAUCUUUAUGCAGCUUCAAAUGAUCAGCUUCUGUGGAGGUUUAUGUAUCUGCGAGAUUUCAGAGAUCCCAUUGCAAGGCCUCGUGACACUGACUGGAAAGAACUAUACAAGAAAAAGUUGAAACAGAAGAAGGAGGCCUUGAGAUGGAGGCACAUGUUUCUGCCGCCUACACCUCAUCCAAUUCCCUUUCAUCCCAACCCAUUUUAUCCUAGUCCCUUUCCUCCCAACCCAUUCCCAUCAAACCCAAUCUAUCCCCCCAUGAUCAUUGGAGAAUAUAGUGAGAGACCAACACUUCUGUAUAUUGGAGACCCAAUUAAUUCACUCAUUCCUGGCCCAGGGGAAGCACCAGGCCAGUUUCCUCCAUUCAGACCACAUUUUGACCCCAUUGGUUCCUUGCCUGAAGCAAACCCUACGCUUCCAGGACGAGCUGGUCCCAAUGACAGGUUUCCACCUAGACCCAGCCGGGGCCGCCCCACGGACGUUCGCCGUGCAUUCAUUUGAUUGCUGUUUUCUCCCUCAAUGGAUUUUCUAGUUCCUGAGCUUGCUUUCUAACUGCAGGACGUUGUAAAACCCAGGCACUAACAUCUGCCUUCUCUUCUGAUUGUGGCAAGAACUUGUUUGCAUGGUAAUGUUUUGAUCCCAGAGUUAGGGUUUGUUAGUGUUCUGAUAGUAGUGCUGUACCAGGCACUAAAGUCUCUUUCAAGAUGGGCUAUGACUUACAAUACAUGUUGUUCCCCUCCCACCUCUCCUCUUUAAUCACCUGUGCUACUUAGAGACUAGAAGGAUACUAAGUAUUUGCUGCAUCAGAUAAGGAGCACUUUAAAUACAAAUCCUAUCUUUUUCUGUCUUAUUUGAAGAGUUUUAUUAAUUUGCCAGGAAAAAAAUAGUUUGUUUCAAAUCUACCUGGCUAAUAAUUUUUCUUAACAAAAAAUCUACCACAUCCCAGAUAGAAUAGGGUACUACCACUGCUGUGGUAGGUGUGUUUCCAUAGAUUUUUUCAGAGAUUGCAUUUUCCUUUUUUUGUUAGGUAAAAAGUAUUUUUAUGUUGUUACUUAAUACACAAAGAAUACAGGGAAGGGAUUUUUUGUUUUAAGUGGAAAUAUUAGAACGCAAGUCAGUUCAUUUUGCAAAUAGCUGAGUGAAACCCAUGCUACAGUGCAACUCAAAAGUCUGAACAGAAGCAGAGCAAUUUUACAAAGAGCCAGCAGCAAAACUUUUGUCUUUUUCCUUGUUUGAACAGGUUGACUUUACAAAUAAGUAGCUGUAGUACAUGGCCGCAUUUACUGUGCGUGAACUAAAAUCGAUGCAAAAAUGAGUUUUUUCUGCCUGCCUAACUGAGGAAUUAAACAGGUCGACCCAGCUGCAGUGGAAGUGGGAGCACAGCAGGAGAAACAACGAAUUCUUACUUCAGUGAAUUCCGUUUAAUUUCAUUAGAGCAGUGUCAAAAGUUAUCUUGACAGAAGAAAACAUGCUGUAGCAUGUUAGAGCUUUCAAGUGUUGUCUUGUCAACUAAUGAACAACUAACAACAUCCCUGUUACAGUUUUCCUGAUGAGAUCUGCAGUGUGAUACUGAAGCUCAAUUAAAGGAAGACUGGGAUAACUAAACUUUGUUAGAACUUUUCAUUUCUUAUUUUCCUUCUUUUUAAGAUGGCUUAUCUCAGUGUUUCUGAAAAUGUAAAUGGUACCGAUGACUGUUGUGACGGCUGAAAUUGCUUUCUGCAAUCCUUUUGGAAUUCAAACAAUGGCAAUGAAUUACAUUUCCUAUUAAAUACGAGCUGUUUCAUCAGUAAUACUUUUGUGCUUUUUCAGGUGACAUUUCAGUGAUUCAUCUUUUGUUUCACAAAUCAGCUGACUUCAGUUGGGUCAGGAGGUUCUCCUGUUAACUCUGUGGGAGUAAAAUAAUGCUUUUUUUUUUUCCUUUUUUCUCUCAAAUGUUGUGUUUCUUUUUUCUCUCUCUUUUCCUACUUCAAAGCAACAGCAAAGCAAUGCAAGUCCUGCCAUUAUUGAUCCCACAUAAUUAUCAGUAGAGCCUGAGGGCAGUGGUUCCCCUUCAAUAUCAAAAUUAGCUUUAAUAUUUUCUGAAGUGCUUGAAUUGCCUUGUUCCAGUGGAAUUUUCAUUUAAGUCUGUAGUCAGGCACUGUGGAGCUAACAGUGAUUCUUUAAAGGAAAAUGGAAGUCUGCACUGUGUGUCUUGCACCAUUUUACCCUUGUGGUCUGUCCUUCAGAAAUGCAUACAUAAUACUCGGGCAAGAUCAUACACAUUUAAUAGAUACUAUUUAUCCUGGAUUUUGUCACUGGGACAUUUGUUUGAGAAUAAAUCAGGCAUCAUUACAGGUACGCCAAUGAGUGACCUGAAAGGUGUUCCUUCCCAUUGUUCAUUUGCACCAUAGUGAAGACAUUGUGAGCUAAAGAUAAAGGAAUUUGCCUUAUCCCAAACUGUUGGGUUUCCUACAAAGGAAUUUCCUUAAUUCAUAAAACAGCACAUGAAAUACAAUGUGAAUAUCUCAUGACCAACAGUAUAAAAUGACAUGACAGAACAAAGGAAAUACUUGAAAACCAGCCACUUGGUUAUUCAUCAGCUCUAAGGCAGGUGUAGGUGUCAUUGCUGUUUGCAAACUCUUAGAAGAGACACAAAGGUGAAAUGCUUGAGGGUGGCCACCAUUCCUUACCUGUACUGUUCAUUUGCAUGCACUGCAGUCGCUUGGAAAUUGGGAACUGUUACUCCUUUCUUUUUUUAAUUUGCUUUACCUUAUUCAUGGAACUUCAAAGGACCAUAUUAAAUGACCUAGUCAUAUGCAAGGUAUAAGGUUUUACAUACCCAUCUGUGAUAAGUGAAAGAAAGUACAGCUGCAGUCAUCGGAGCAGAACUGUUACUCUAAGCCUUAGCUUUAUACAAGAUGUUUAAUUGCAUGAGAACAUGAGUUACAUUCCUCUUGAAAUACCACACCUAGAUAUUACAAGAAAGACAUGAUGUUUUUUCAGUCUGUGUCUAAACAGCAGGAUGUAAAUUCAUUUUCCAGGUGGUGAGUACGGGUGGGUGUAUUAGUUGUGUCCCAGCUCCAUCUUGGGCUGAUUCCAAACGCACGCAUCUAUUCAUGUUUCCUGGUUUCCAUGUGAAGAAAAUGAAAGCAUGCUCUGACCAGGUGUUCAGUUUUCACAGCAGUAAGACCCCAAGGCAUGCUGUGGGCCAUGUCUACACUGUGAUUUAUACGUAACUUCCAUUUACAACUUUUCUGUUGCCUUCUCAAUUUCCUUUUACUUUAGCUGCUGCAUUUGGGUACCUAAAUAAUGCUUAGAUAUACCUUAGUGCACCAUUCAUAACAAGAAUAUACACCUUUUAUUACCUCUGUCUAUUGCUUUGUUAGACUGUAGGGAUUUUAGAAUAGCCCAACAUCAAAGGUGGUGAAUCUGCUGCUAGCCACAACAUCUAGUGUGAGAGUGCCCUAGUUGUACUGUUGGAACAUUUAUAGUAUAUGGUACAGAGUUUCAUCUCUGUAAUUCAGGAUGUCAGCUCAGUAUGUUCUUUAAAGCACUUUUGUGAACAGAACAGAAAAUGCUUUUCAGCAACUAUAGGGGUAGGAAAGAUAAGCUGGUAGUGCCUGUUGCUGUUAUGCAUUUUUGGAGGCUGGAUCAAGGGGAGAGCCUGUUCUGUCUGCUUGUCCCUUGAAAGGUGCCAGCUGGGAGCUGAAGGCAGAUGAAGAGAUCUGAGUCGCUGCUGGCUCUCAGGUGAGCAGUGCUGUCCUGUUGCAGUAUUCAGUUGGAGGACAGUCCUGCUGUGUUUUAAGUGCAGCAUCCACAAAUGAUCCAACUGUUGUGAUAAUCUGGAGUCAAUUGAAGGGGCCAUGCCUUACCAGUAGUAGUUACCUUUUUUUUUUUUUCUUUUCUUUUUGGUGUGAGUGCGUGUGUGUGUGUGUGUGUAGGAUGUAUUGAUAAGAGAGAUAUACAAAGAUCAGUAGGAUAGAACAAUUGAGGAUUGUGGCAGUAAACUGCUACAUUUGUCUGCAUUUCUGGUGACUGCUUAGUAGGGCAAGACAUAAGCCAUGCUGAGGGAAGUGUUAGCGAAGGAAAUCCUCUUCCACCAGAGUUGUAUUACCUCUUGUCCAUAUAGUGGUGCUUGUUAAUCUGCUAUUGUUCUUGCCAGUGGAACAGUGCUCGAAGUCAUUUGUCACUCUUUUAUUGCUCCUGGAGAUUGCAAAACAGCAGGGUCUGUUUUCUUUCUCAGACAAUGACAUGUGUUUAUGAUGCUGCAUUGUAAGCUGCUUAGCAAACUUGGAAGGACAAAACAGAGCUGAAAAAAAAAAAAGGAUAAAUCAUAAGGGAAUUGAGUGGUUCUAUAGUUCUGAACUUGAGAUAUAAAUCAUUGGUCCAGAUGAGUCUCUUCAGAGCCUUCCAAGCUGGAAAAGCCAUGCAGUUACUUGCCUGAAAGUGCACAGGUCACAAAAGCAAUUAUAUUUGUGCAGGUUUGUUCGGAUUGGUCGUAUUAGGUCCGGAUGACUGCAUCGGAUCUAGAUGUUCAUUACAGGUGCUGAAGGAAUUGCUCAUUUGGCUUCAUUCCCACCAGUGAAUCAUGAGAUCCAAGAUGGCAAAUACUGCUGUUGUUUUUUCCGAUUUGGGGACCUUUAUAAGUGACAGCUAAGAUCUGUGCCUCUGGCUCAGAUGUUUGUAACUAACUUAAUGACCUUUCCUUCAUUGGUAUUCCUAAGUGCAACUGAUGUGAAGUUGCAAAGGGAAACAUAAAGUCAGAAGCCUGGCCUUGAAGCUGUGUGUAUGAGUUGUGGCUCAAAUAAUUGACAGAAGAAUGGCUUGCCUGCUUCCUCCUGGAGCCCUGCCUCGCGUAUGUCAGGCGAUGGGAUGGGGACUGGUGCUUUCAUCAGAUGUAUUAUAAAUAGAAUUAGCAUAAUGCACGGGGUGGGCUCUCAGCUGGUAGAAGUAGCCAUAGUUAGAUUGAUUUCUGCAGUUUUUUUCAGUUAUGAAUGUGGUUUGUGCCAUUCCUGUUUUUGCUGUGUCCUAGUUGCAGCAUGUUUGUAUACGGCUUCAUUCUAUAUUACAGUCUUAAGAAAAGCACAGCCAGCAAAAAUCAGUCUCUGUCUUCUCCAGAAGGUCCUUACCUGCUUGGGGCAGUCACAUACAUGCCUUCCCAUUGCUUGGUGUCCCUGGAUGGACCCCAGCUCAUCUUAUUUCUAGAUGACAGUUUUCCUGUUCCAUCACAGGUCUGUCACCUUGGUUCGUUUUGCACUCACCCCAGUCAGUGGGAGUUCAAGGAGUGAGACAGGAUUUCACUCCAUUUCUCUGUCCAAUCUGCAUUAUGGAACACUCAGCACCCAAGUAUGUGCACUUCAUCAGCUCUGCUAUUAAUUAAAUAUGUUCCCAGGGGACAUACAUAGCCAGAUGUGAUUAAGCCACCAAAGUGGAUUUGUGUGGAUUGUCGAUUUGAACUCUACAGUGUUUCCUGGGGCAAGGAGAGAAGUUGUUUUCUCUGUGUGUGUGUGUGUGUGUGUUUGGAAAGCCCAUUUCUCAGGUUAUUUUGGAUUUGAACGUAACAUUUUUUUCUGAAGAUUUGGGAAUCACAUGCUGGGGACAUAAAUGCAAGGCAUGAAAAGUACAUUUUAACUGCUAUGAGCAGAAUGAUCUGGAACAAACUAUCAGUCCAUCUGGCUAACCUGCUCAUGUGAUCUUUGGCAGCUACCGAUGCGUGGCACUGUACCUUAUUUGAAUGUAGUUUACUCUGAAAAAUGACUUUAAGUGAAGUUGGUAUUGUGAAGUUCCAUAGUUCACUGUAUUUCCAUACUCAGGCUUUAUCAGUUUGUGACUACUUGUUUUUUGCACAUCUGUUUCUGAAAUAAUCCUAUAUUCUUUUUAGCUCAGCCUCAACAAGGAUUCUGUAAUUGGAAGUUAGUGAUUGUAUGGACUAUAUACAAAGCAAAAUAAAAUCUAGUUUUCACUGUCAUAACUGUAGUCUCCACAGGGAUUAGCGGGAGUAAAAUUUGAUUUACAACUCAGUCACUUGAACAAACAUAAUUCUGAUUAUGCACAAAAAACAAUGAAAUGAUGCCGCUUUUAUACAGUCACCUUUCAGGCCGUCAUUGGAAUAUCUUCUUCGUAUUAAAACAACUGUAGUUUUCUCAAUUCCUUUUACCCAGGUAUUAGCUGUAAAUUGCUGGGUACCACUGAGUAUAUUCCAAUAUGACAUUUGCU